AUGGCGACCACCAUCAUCACCAUCGAUAAUUUCCAGGAGGGGCUUUCCGGCUGGACGCCCGAAUCUCCUCAUCAGCUCUAUGCCAUUGUCGACAUGGGAAGCAAUGGUAUCCGCUUCACGAUAACAGAUCUCUCGCCCCCUUUCACCCGGCUCUUACGAUGCAUCUACCGUGAACGCGCAGGCAUCUCACUCUUUGAUGCGCUCUCCUCUUCAGCUGAAGAUGGCCCCUCUUCGGACCUCAAGUUCCCCACCGAGACCAUCACCCUCGUCUCCGAGACACUCGCGCGGUUCAGGCGCAUAGCCGACGGCUACUCCAUCGAGACCCUCUUCGGCGCCGUCAUGGGCUCGAGGAGCUCGUUUGUUCACGUGAAUCGUGGUGGCCUCUUCCUGGAUCUCGGUGGCGGAUCGGUGCAAAUGACGUGGGUCGACAGCAAGCUUCCCGAGUACGAAAUCAAGGCCGCCCUCGCCGGCGUCUCGAUGCCGUUUGGCGCCGCCCGGCUGAUUCGUGUUUUGGAAGGCGACGCCGACGUAGCCACCGCCGAGACGAAGAAACUGCGCGACGGAAUGCGACAGUCCUUUGAGAGCCUACGGGACAGGUUUCCAUCCCUCCGCGAAGGAUUAGAGAGCGACGAGGGGAUCGAUGUCUACCUGUGCGGCGGAGGGUUCCGCGGCUACGGCUCCAUGCUCAUGCACAACGACCCGGUCCAGCCGUACCCCAUUCCGUCCGUUGGCGCGUACACGGUCCGAGGCGACGUUUUCCGCCAGACCAAGCGCAUGCGGGAAGUGAACGAAGAGUUUGGCGGCAAGGUCUUUGGCAUGUCGAAGCGACGGAGGAAGCAGUUCCCCGCCAUCCUCGAAGUCUUGGAGGCCUUCGUCGCCGUCGUGCCCUCCAUACGCACGGCGACGUUCUGCACCGGGUCGAACCGGGACGGGGCUCUCCUUAUGAAGCUGCCGCGCGACGUUCGCGAGUCCGACCCCCUCGCGGCGUUAGCCAACAGAAUUUGGUUCCGCUUAGGCGAGGAUGUCUAUUCCAACGCGGCCUACGCCCUCCACGAAGCCGUCACGAGGGACCCCAAGGCGCCGGGGCUGACCCACCUCGCGCGAGCCGCCUUGGGACUGACGGUUGCGGGGAGGUGGGGUUAUAGCCUUGGACCGAUCGAUGCCGAACUGUACACCGGUCUGAGGGGCAUCAUGGAUGAGGCACACGAGGAGGCCGGGUUUUGGGCCGAGUAUAUCGGCGGGGUGGCGGGUGUCGUGGCCACCAUUCUACCCUACCCGCCUCAAAAGGCUGAAGACAUUACCAACAACAUCAGGAUCUCGUCUACCCUCGAUACGAGCGGGAAAAAGGACAAAAUUCGGAUCCACUUCCAUGUGCCUUCGGAUACCCUCAAGGGCAUUGACGUAGGGACCAUCGAAAAGGCCAUGGAAGAGGUUGGAAAAGAAAAAGGCAAGAAAUGUGACAUCAAAGUACGUGCCCAGAUCUCGGCCUUUUAA